GGUGCUUGUGCGGUGUUGGGGUGUUACGCAUUUUCUGUGUAGGGCGUGCCUAAAAUCGAAACACUUUCAUGUAUCGUGAGAGAAAAAAUGACCGAAAAUUAGAAAAUGAGAAAAAAUGCCGAAUUGUAUCAUGAGCAAUUUAUUCCCGUGAAUGAAAUUUAGGUUAUUUAAAAAACAAUAAUCAGAUGUUUUGCAACUUAAAAGUUGCAUGACAAGUGUAGGACUUUAAAAAUGUUUCCGGCAUAUUUUGGAUAUUGAUGUACUUUUUUGUCACUUAGACCGAUUGUAUAAAUUCAGGGAUAGUACUGGCAACUUCUAAGUUUCAUACAGCUGUGAUUAAUGUAUUUUUGGUAGGUGCUUUUGUACGAUUUUUCAAGCAUUGUAGCGACUCGCGCAGUAACUCGGGCGUGAGUGCGGCAUGUCCGUACGAUUUUUAAGAAUGAUUCAUUAAUGAUCUGGUUAAUUAAUUUCAACAUAACCUCCUAGGACGAGAAACUCAUUGAACCUUAAGACAAAAUUUAAAUAACACGGCGACAUGGUGUACAGUGUCCGAAGGGGAACAAAACAAGUGUGAAGCAUUUUCCAGAGCAGUUGAUCGAGAAAUCGGACAUUUUGGACACGAUUAUAUAUCUAUACACUGCAAGCAGGCUUUCGAUAAAGAAGAAUGUAUGACAUUACUCGAUCAGGAGAAGGUACAAUUGACGACCCUAGAUGCAGGAGAAGUUUUUAUAGCUGGAAGAUAUCACAGUUUAAUACCUAUAAUGCAAGAAAUUUAUGAGAGUGGUGUAAACUACCAAUAUGCUGUUGCUGUGAUAAAGAAAGGAUCGCUAAAAGAUGUGGAAAGUUUAUAUGAUCUUAGGGGAAGGAAAGCAUGUUUUGCAGGCGUCGGGACUCUUGCUGGAUGGGUCCUUCCAAUUCAUAUGUUGAUGCGUGAUGGUGGAAUGGAAGUCAUCGAUUGUAAUAACCAUGUGAAAUCUACAAUUAAUUUCUUUGGACCUAGCUGCGCAGUAAAUUCGUUAAUUGACAAAUAUAAUCCCUUAGGUGAUAAUUCGGAUCAGCUCUGUAAACUUUGUAUUGGAAAAAUACCUGGUGGUAAAUGUACAAACGUCGAUCCAUAUUCUGGAUAUGAAGGAGCUUUUCGCUGUUUAUUGGAAGCUGGUGAAAUUGCCUUUCUGGUACAUACUACAGUGACUGAAAUGACUUCAACAAAUUUUGACCUAAAUUCAGUUACCAAGGAUCAGUUUGAAUUGCUCUGCCGAGAUGGAUCUCGAAAGUCUGUAGAUGAUUACAGGAAUUGUAACUGGGGUAAUGUUCCGUCUGUUGCGGUUGUUACAUCUUCGGCCACUAUUGUGGAAACCCGUAGACUGUACCAAAAGUUUUUAGACAAGGCAGUACGCUUAUUUGGUAAAAAUAUUUUGGAUAACUCAACGAGAUCAGGUGAUCGAUUCAAUUCUGGCGUAGCAGAUUAUGAAAAUAGGCCAGGCUACGAAAACCAGUUUGGAACAAAUGAGUACAGUAAUUCUAAUGCUCAUUAUAAUGAAUAUGAUAACAGAAAUGGCUACGACCGUAAUCACGGCAAUAAUAAUGAGCAGAACGGGUGGGAUAACUCUGGCCUAAAUGAAACAUACAGAUACUUUAAUAGAGAUGGAUUUUCAACUGAGUCAUCCGAUUCAUCGUCUAUACACACGAUAGAGAAUUUCCAUUUAUUCGAGUCAGCCCCCAAAUUUGGAAUCCACCAUAAUUUGUUGUUCUCAGAUUCAGCUAAAGACUUUGUUCAAUUACCUGAAAAAGAGCAAACAUAUAAAGGUUAUUUAGGACGAGCGUUAGAUUCCAUUUUGGCAGUGAGGCAUUGUCCUGUAAAUAGAAUGACUCUCUGCGUUACAUCAGAUCCUGAAUUGGAAAAAUGUGUGAAAAUGAGGAUUGCCCUGAAAGCUCAAUUGCUGAAACCAGAACUUGUUUGCUACAAAGGUCACAGUCAGAUUCACUGCAUGCAAGCCAUACAGAAUGGACAUGCCGAUGUGACUGUAUUGGAUGCCAGUGAUGUCUAUACUGCAGGACUCCGUUUCGAGCUCAUUCCUUUCAUUUCAGAAGUGUACAAUCUUGGAACACCCGACUAUUAUGUCGUCGCCGUUGCUAAAGAAUCCGACCCUAGUACAGACUUAACGUAUUUGAAAAAUAAAUACACUUGCCAUACAGGAAUAAAUACAGCAGCAGGUUGGGUAUAUCCGCUUGCAUUUUUGCUGUCCAAUACAUGGAUAAGAGGGUAUGGAUGUGAUUCUGUACGUGCAGCCGCGGAGUACUUCACCAAAUCAUGCGUUCCAGGAGCCAUGAGUACCGAGUACAAUACGGGUGUUCCUUAUGAUAACAUGUGUGACUUGUGCCACGGUGAAAGCUUCAGAUAUUGCCGAAGAGAUGCAUCUGAAGACUAUUUCGGACACACCGGGGCCUUCAGGUGUUUAGUGGAAGGUGGUGGUGAUGUGGCAUUCGUUAAACACACAACGAUUGCCGAAAAUACCGAUGGAAAACGAAGGGAAUUUUGGGCAAGGAACACCUUUACAAAAGAUUUCCAAUUAUUAUGCCCCGAUGGAACGCGCCGUCCAAGUACAGACUACAAACACUGUAACUUGGGCAGAGUGGCAGCUAAUGCAAUCGUUACGCGUGGUGGCUAUGGAUAUAACGAGACCGAGGUCAACGCUUUCAUAAAUCUCUUCAUUUAUGCCCAGCAAUUUUAUGGCAGAAAGGAACAGGAUGAAUUCAGUUUCAGCAUGUUUUCCAGUGUUCCACCGUAUAGCGAUUUAAUUUUCCAAGAUGCGACGCAGCAGCUGAUCGUCAUUCCGCCCGAGAAUAGGUACUUUAGUGCAUACGUGGGGCCUGAUUUCAUGAGGGCUAGGAGAGUCGUAGACUGCAAUGCAGGAGCAGCGGCUAUCGAAUACUCUUUGCUCGGCUCGUUCGCAACGAUUAUAGUAACUUUCAUACUAUCUAGAUGAAUUAAGCAAUUGUUGGUUAUUAACUAUCAUUAUAUCUUCAUCGUGAGUCCAUUAUAGAACGUGUAUGAUACAGUACAAUCGUGGCAGCUCAUUUAUCAACUGCCUUAACUUGUCGCUUACGUAGUACCUCUAGACAUUUCUACAAUGUAUUCCUGACCACGCAUCUACCCCUUUUAUAAUGGAUGGGAAUGGUUUAUAUGGAGAUUUCGAAAAAUCUUGAUAAGUAAAUGGGAUAUGCUCUAUCGAAUGAUGAUAGUUUCAACCUUCGGUACUAAACAGAAAUAGGACAUCCGUACUGGAAAUCGAGUUUAUAGUACAUAGCAUUUUGUAGCAUUUUUCAUAUUUUUCCAUCAGAUUCCGUAAUAUUCCAUUUCUAUAGUAUUUUAAAUUGUUCGAGCUAGGUCCUGAAAUUCUUCAUUUUAGAUUCUGAGCUUUCAAAAAGCGUAAAACAUCAAAAACGUGCACGAACGACGACGUAUUUGGUUCUAGUCCAUUAUUAAUACAUAUGACCCUUAAGAUGAUAUGAGAGUGGCUUUAAAGAGAUUUCGUUCGUAAAACUUUUUUCCGAACUGGAUCAAUUGAAUUGUUUAAAACUUUACAACGUGAAAAUGAAGGCUAUAAGGA